GUAGUAGGUUGGGUGGAGAUAUCGAAUUGAGACGAAUUCGUUCCUUCCUUCGCUUGCCUACGAAUCGGCUAAUCUUUCCCCUUUCUCUUACUUCAUCGAAGGCCGGAGACGAGCUCCUCCCCGAGGAUUCACCGCCACCUCGGAAUUCCAGUACGCCCCCCCGAAGCCAGUUCGUUGGUGGUUGUUGGUCCUUGCCUGCGCAGAAAGCAUUUUUCUUCUUCCAGUAAUCAAGAAGUUUGGACGCUAUGGCUGGAUUGAAAUCUUCACGUUCGGAAACUGACCUUGAUCGCCCCAACAUUGAGGAGUACCUUACGAUGGAGACAAUUCGUGAAGCUCCAAAGAAGCUUCAUUUGUCUGACCUUUUAGAUAUUUCCCCUACCCUCACGGAAGCUGCGGGCGCCAUUGUGGAUGACUCUUUCACACGCUGCUUUAAGUCAAAUCCUCCAGAACCCUGGAAUUGGAAUAUCUAUUUGUUUCCAUUGUGGUGCCUGGGAGUAGUUGUACGAUACGGGAUUCUCUUUCCAGUAAGAGUUGGAGUUUUGGCUCUGGGAUGGAUAGUGUUCUUUGCAGCCUUCCUUCCAGUACAUUUCCUAAUAAGAGGACAUGAUAAAUGGAGACGCAAAAUCGAGAGGAAACUGGUUGAAAUGAUGUGCAGUGUUUUUGUUGCUUCAUGGACAGGAGUGAUCAAAUACCAUGGACCUCGUCCAAGCAUACGUCCCCAGCAGGUAUUUGUUGCCAAUCACACUUCUAUGAUUGAUUUCAUCAUCUUAGAGCAGAUGACAGCAUUUGCUGUUAUCAUGCAGAAACAUCCUGGUUGGGUUGGGUUUAUCCAGAAGACCAUUUUAGAAAGUGUGGGUUGUAUCUGGUUCAAUCGCACCGAAGUGAAAGAUCGUGAAGUUGUUGCUAGGAAGAUAAGGGAACACACUCAAGGAGUUGACAACAACCCUCUUCUCAUAUUCCCCGAAGGAACUUGUGUAAACAACCAUUACACUGUUAUGUUCAAGAAGGGUGCUUUUGAACUUGGUUGUGCUGUGUGUCCUGUAGCAAUCAAGUACAACAAGAUUUUUGUGGAUGCCUUUUGGAACAGCAAAAAGCAGUCUUUUACAACGCACUUAGCACAGCUUAUGACAUCAUGGGCUGUUGUCUGCGAUGUGUGGUACUUGGAACCUCAGUACAUACGACCCGGCGAGACUCCUAUCGAGUUUGCUGAAAGGGUUCGAGACAUGAUCUCUGUUCGGGCUGGUCUCAAAAAGGUUCCAUGGGAUGGCUAUCUGAAGUACUUCCGCCCUAGUCCUAAGCUCACAGAACGCAAGCAACAGAUUUUUGCAGAAUCUGUGCUACAGCGUUUGGAGGAAAAAUAAAAUACCUUUGUAAAUUUACUCUUUGGUGUCUAUGUUUAUAGCGACUUCAACUUGGAAAACUCUUGCCCUCUACUUCUCCAAAUUCCAUCAAUUCUUUGAUAGUAAAGACCAUUGAGAUGGCUAUUAGAGAUUAUUGGUAAGUAUUAGUUUAGGUAAUAUCAGGUCUUGGCAUAGAUAAUGUCAAGCAAAUGGCAACAUGUUUGGGCAAAUAAUGGGUUGACUAAGAUGCAUAUUGAAUCAAUCAAAUUCAAAUUGGUUGCUAAA